GGCGGCGAGUGGAGGGUCGUUGUACGUCAUCGCUGAUGAAGUAAGGAGUGAGCGCAGACUUGACUACAGAAUCAAAAACUUGCAGACUUUGUGUGACACGCUGCUGACACGAGUUCCUCGUCUCCAUCUGUGGGCGGCAAGUUGUUUCCAUGGAUACACACCCGUCGGCUGGCAAGUGGAAUAUUUGACCAGACCCCUCCGCUCUCCUCCGGCCGUCGUCAGGGAAGUCGAGCAGGACGUGAGGAUCACUGCACACCAUCAUGUACUGCGGUACAGAGAGCGAGGUGUGCCCGACCACACAGACGGCCCGCCAGUCACACGACUGUAUCACCGAGGUCAGGGUCACUCAGGUGGCAGGCCAGGUGACUGUAUGACGUGCGGUCGUGAGGUGGCCAGCUUCCUACACAGUCUCAGUGUUGGUGUAACAGGGAGAAGCACAACAACAUCUACAACAUUGACCUCUACCAGUGGCGGCACAACACCACCCUGUCUACAGUGGAGAGACGUGCUGGUGUUGCACUGGAAGGACGUUAGUGAUCAGUGGGGUGUGGUCACAGAACUGCAAGAAGCGGGUAUCCCAGUGCGGGUGAUGGAUCAUGAUGACAUCGAGGACGUGGUGACGGCCCGCAGUGACGUGGUGUGGGUGGCGAGUGGACAUCGUGUUCGUGGUCUGGAGAGAAAAGUUGUCGUCUGUCUGGAGGACCCUGAUUACUAUUUUUUUAGAUCUUACAGCUUUACCUCCAACCGACUUGACCUCAUGUCCCGCUGUACGUCACAACUUGUGAUUGUCUCCCCUGACAAGCCGCUAGAAGGUGACUGACACUGACACUGACACUGACACACCUGUCACCUGCUGUAGUCGUGUGUCAGU